GAUGGGCUCUCCGUAAUGCUUUGGUUAUGAAGAAAGAAGGACUGCUGAAUUGUUGUUUUGCAAUGGAGAAGACAGAGGGAGAAGCACCAGCACUGUGGCUCCCACCCUGUUGCUUAUCCCCCUGCAGACAUGUGUCCCAAGUCCUCUCUGUGCUGUAUUAAGGAAAGGAAAAGCUUAGACAUUACAACGUGUACUUUCUUACAUCUCCUUUUCCCAUUUUGCAUCCUAUAACCCCCUGGUGAAAAGAGGAACAAUGACUUUAUAUAGCUGCUGCUUGGUUUUUUUGCUGUUUACCUGGAACACAGCUGCCUAUGGGCCAAACCAGCGGGCACAGAAGAAGGGAGACAUUAUUCUCGGAGGAUUGUUCCCCAUUCAUUUUGGAGUGGCUGCUAAAGACCAGGAUCUAAAAUCAAGACCAGAAUCAGUGGAGUGUAUAAGGUAUAAUUUCCGAGGCUUCCGCUGGCUCCAGGCUAUGAUCUUUGCCAUAGAAGAAAUAAACAGUAGCCCAACUCUCCUUCCUAACAUGACCCUAGGAUACAGGAUAUUUGACACUUGCAAUACAGUCUCUAAAGCUUUGGAGGCCACGCUGAGUUUUGUGGCCCAGAACAAGAUAGACUCCUUGAACCUGGACGAAUUCUGCAACUGCUCAGAACAUAUCCCUUCCACCAUUGCAGUUGUGGGGGCAACCGGCUCUGGCAUCUCUACCGCUGUGGCCAAUCUGCUGGGACUCUUUUACAUACCUCAGGUCAGCUAUGCCUCAUCCAGUCGUCUCUUGAGCAAUAAGAACCAAUUCAAGUCCUUCCUCCGCACAAUCCCCAAUGACGAGCAUCAGGCCACGGCGAUGGCAGACAUCAUCGAGUACUUUCGCUGGAACUGGGUGGGAACAAUUGCAGCUGAUGAUGACUAUGGCCGGCCAGGGAUUGAAAAGUUUCGGGAGGAGGCAGAGGAGCGAGACAUCUGCAUUGAUUUUAGCGAGCUCAUCUCCCAGUACUCAGACGAAGAGGAGAUCCAGCAGGUGGUGGAGGUCAUACAGAACUCCACAGCAAGGGUGAUCGUUGUUUUCUCCAGUGGCCCAGACCUGGAGCCCCUCAUCAAAGAGAUCGUCAGGCGAAACAUCACUGGCAAGAUCUGGCUGGCAAGCGAGGCCUGGGCCAGCUCUUCCCUGAUAGCCAUGCCAGAGUUCUUCCGCGUCAUCGGCAGCACCAUUGGGUUUGCACUGAAGGCAGGACAGAUCCCAGGAUUUCGUGAGUUCCUGCAGAAGGUGCAUCCCAAGAAGUCCACUAACAAUGGCUUUGCCAAGGAGUUUUGGGAGGAGACGUUUAACUGCUACCUCCCCGAUGGGUCCAAAAAUUCUCCAGCUUCAACUUCCUUCCACAAGGGCCAUGAAGAGGGACUGGGAGUUGGAAAUGGAACAUCUGCCUUCCGACUUCCAUGCACAGGGGAUGAGAACAUCACCAGUGUGGAGACACCAUACAUGGACUACACGCACUUGCGGAUAUCCUAUAAUGUGUAUUUGGCAGUAUAUUCUAUUGCCCAUGCCUUGCAGGAUAUAUAUACCUGUACCCCUGGGAAAGGACUCUUCACGAACGGAUCCUGUGCGGACAUUAAGAAGGUUGAGGCAUGGCAGGUUCUCAAGCAUCUGCGACACUUAAAUUUCACCAAUAACAUGGGGGAGCAAGUGGAUUUUGAUGAGUUUGGGGACCUAGUAGGAAAUUACUCAAUCAUCAAUUGGCAUCUCUCUCCAGAGGAUGGCUCAGUCGUCUUUGAAGAGGUUGGGCACUACAAUGUUUACGCCAAGAAAGGCGAGAGGCUCUUUAUCAAUGAAAACAAGAUCCUGUGGAGUGGAUUCUCUAAGGAGGUGCCUUUCUCUAACUGCAGCAGGGACUGCCUUCCGGGCACGAGGAAAGGCAUCAUUGAGGGAGAGCCCACCUGCUGCUUCGAGUGUGUGGAUUGCCCCGACGGGGAGUACAGCGAUGAAACAGAUGCAAGUGCCUGUGACAAGUGUCCUGAGGACUACUGGUCCAAUGAGAACCACACGUCCUGCAUCCCCAAGCAGAUAGAAUUUCUGUCCUGGACCGAGCCCUUUGGGAUUGCUCUGACUCUCUUUGCUGUACUGGGAAUUUUCCUGACUUCUUUUGUCCUGGGAGUCUUCACCAGAUUUCGCAACACGCCCAUUGUCAAGGCCACAAACCGGGAGCUGUCCUACCUCCUCCUCUUUUCCUUGCUCUGCUGCUUCUCCAGCUCGUUGUUCUUCAUUGGCGAGCCCCAGAACUGGACUUGUCGUCUGCGGCAGCCAGCUUUUGGCAUCAGCUUUGUCCUCUGUAUCUCCUGCAUCCUGGUGAAAACCAACCGUGUCCUGCUCGUCUUUGAGGCAAAGAUCCCCACAAGCCUCCACCGAAAGUGGUGGGGCCUCAACCUCCAGUUCCUCCUAGUCUUCUUGUGCACAUUUGUGCAGAUUGUCAUCUGUGUGAUUUGGCUCUACACCGCCCCACCAUCCAGUUAUCGAAACCAUGAACUGGAGGAUGAGAUUAUCUUCAUCACAUGCCAUGAAGGCUCCUUGAUGGCCCUCGGCUUCCUCAUUGGCUACACCUGCCUCCUGGCGGCCAUCUGCUUCUUCUUUGCCUUCAAGUCUCGAAAGCUGCCUGAGAAUUUUAACGAGGCCAAGUUCAUCACCUUCAGCAUGCUGAUAUUCUUCAUCGUGUGGAUCUCCUUCAUCCCUGCUUACGCCAGCACAUACGGCAAGUUCGUCUCUGCCGUGGAGGUGAUUGCGAUCCUGGCUGCCAGCUUUGGGCUCCUGGCCUGCAUCUUCUUCAACAAAGUCUACAUCAUCCUCUUCAAGCCCUCCCGCAACACAAUCGAGGAGGUGCGCUGCAGCACAGCUGCCCAUGCUUUCAAGGUGGCUGCCAGGGCCACGCUGAGACGGAGCAAUGUGUCGCGCAAGCGCUCCAACAGCCUGGGGGGCUCCACCGGCUCCACCCCUUCCUCCUCCAUCAGCAGCAAGAGCAACCACGAGGACCCUUUUCCUCUACCAGCUUCUGCCGAGCGGCAGCGCCAGCAGCAGCGUGGGUGCAAGCAAAAAGUCAGCUUCGGGAGCGGCACGGUCACCCUGUCACUGAGCUUCGAGGAGCCACAGAAGAACGCCAUGGCCAACAGGAACACCAAGCGCAGGAACUCCCUGGAGGCCCAGAACAGCGAUGACAGCCUGAUGUGGCACCGGGCCCUGCUUCCCCUGCAGAACAAUGAGCCCCUCAGCAGCGAGCCCGGCUUCCAGGCAGCUUCCAGCCCGGAGACCAGCUCACAGGAGUCAGUGGUGGGAGACACCAAAGAAGAGGUACCAAGCCCUGAGGCAGAGCCUUCCCUGCCAUCGGCUAACUCCCGAAAUUUUAUAGGCGCUGGAGGUGGCUCUGUCACAGAGAACAUGGUACAUUCCUAA